AUGGGCCGCAGGCGCUACCCUUGGCUCGGGCUGCUGCUCGGGGCCGCCGGCACCGGGUACCUCCUCUGCUGGUUCUCGGGAGCUUGGGGAAGUCAGAGCUCCGAGCCUGAGCGGCCCGCGGCCUGCACACGCCCUCUGGCCGCGGCCCUGCAGCAGCACUCACGCUUCCAGCAGCUCUUCAAUCUCUCCAGCCCGGUGCUGCUGUGGGGCGGCCUUCUCACCCCGGGGCUCUGGGCCGACGUGAGCCAGCUCCGAGGCCCCUACGGCUGGCGCAGCGUCUCUCUGCAAGCCAUCGCCUCCACCCUGCGCCUUCUGAAUGGCUCGGAGGGCGCGGAGCUGUGGGCUGCGUCCAAAAGGCCGCCCUGCGUUCGGUGUGCCGUGGUUGCCAACGGGGGCAUCCUGAAGGGCUCCCGCCAGGGCCGCCACAUCGACGCCCACGACUACGUCUUCAGAGUCAAUGGUGCUGUGAUCAGAGGCUUCGAGAAGGACGUGGGCACCAAGACCUCCUUCUACUGCUUCACGGUGAACACGAUGAAGAACUCCCUCAGCAACUACUGGGACCAGGGCUUCCGCUCCGUGCCUAAAGGACGAGACGUGCGCUAUAUCUUCAUCCCUGCGAGCAUCCGGGACUACUUGAUGCUGCGAUCUGCCAUUUUGGGUGUGCCUGUCCCGGAGGGUCCGGACAAAGGCGAUGUGCCUCAGGCCUAUUUUGGACCAGGUGCCGCCGCAGGUAAAUUCAAGCUACUACAUCCAAACUUCAUCCACUACCUGAUAGAGAGGUUUUUGAAUUCGAGCCGUAUUAACAGAGGCGCUAAAGACAUAUACAUGCCUAGUACUGGGGCCCUCGUCCUGCUGACGGCUUUGCAUACUUGUGACGAGGUUAGUGCCUAUGGAUUUAUCACAGAAAAUUACCGGGAAUUUUCUAAUCACUAUUUUGACAAAAAAAAGAAGCCACUGAAGUUUUAUGCAAACCAUGAUCUGCAUCUUGAGGCCACUCUGUGGAAGGACUUGCAUCAGGCUGGCAUCAUGCAGCUGUACCAGCGCUGACCCCGACCUCCAUGAGCCCUUCACUUCUUGCAAAGCCUUGGCUCUCAUCCUCUCAGGGGCCAAAACUUUUUCUUUUUUUUAAAUCACCUCCACUCUACCUCCCCCCUCUUCCCAAAAGGGGAUAGGAAAGGUAGGUUCACAACUCUUAGCAAAGUGAUACAAUGGAUUUUGCGUCUGACUCUUCCAAGACAACUCCC